CCUGUCUGCCUGCGCCUUCCACCUUCCCUGAGCGACAAACAACAGCAACCACAAAAGUCAAGCCCCCGAACAACUUAUCUCGCAUCAAAUUGAGUCUUUUUUCACAGGUCCAUGGGGACCAACUCGCCAAACUCCCCCCAACAGCCUGUAUAUAUCACCGACGCCUCCAGUCUUUGUCAACAAUGAGAUUGCGAUCCGGUCGUACAUCACCCGUCACACACCCGAACAUCGCCAUCAAGACUGGAAGAACAGCAGGCUAGCGUAUUUGCCCAGCUACAAAAUAACCAUGGCGCCUGCUAAAUCGCUUGCUGAACUGUGCAUCGCUGUGUGUCAGAGACAUAUCGCUGAGCUCAGCAGUGUUGGAAAUGGCGACACUCUUCAAUACCACCAUGUUCGAGACAUCCUUAUAAGGGUCACAAACCCUGCCCAGCUUCGCGAGAUUGAACUCAACUCUCCACACAUACAAGGCGAAACCUCCGAGCUUUGGCUACGUCUCAUCAAGAAAGAGUUCCCAACCGAAAGCCACGAAAAGAACUACGCGCCUAAAAACCCAUCGAAGUGGUACAAGAUAUACGAACGAUACGCGGAGGAACGUCGUCAGGCUCAACAGCAGGCAGAGGCCGAGUUACUCGCGAGGGUUCAGGGUCUGCAGCAGAAAAAGGACAACAAUGUCAGCAGAAUCGUCGAUCCAAAGUUUGCCAGAUUCCUACCGACGCCACCCAAGACGGGCCGCACCUUUGGAACUCGAGGUCGAGGAGGGAAAGAGCUUCCCAGCUCCCUCAGCUUCGCGGCUGGAAGCAGGAUGAAGACGACUACGGGCGCCAGCGUAAUGAAGAAAGCUCGGCGAGAGGCCAAGGAGAUUGUCGGCAUAAGAAGCAACCUGGCCGUUCCUACGGGCUUGAUCAGGGCCCCGCGGCUGAGCAAGGCUCCGCCUUCCAUGGCCGCCGAGCAUCGGAUCUCGACUCAACCGGUAUUUCGUCCUACGUCAACUAGCGCUCGCCCUCCCACGCAUUCUACAUAUGUCGCACCAUCCAGGACCACUUAUGUUUCCGACUCGUCCGAUGACGAGGGCGGUGAUUUGUUCGGCGAUGAGGAAACGCCCAAGAAGAGGAGCAAGGCCAGCAAUUCUGUCGGCCCAAUCUCUCCGCCCAACAAGCCUGUGGCGCCCUCCAAUUCUACAGGGCUCAAAGCUCGACCCCUCUCCGCAUCUGCUAAGUUCAGCUCUGCAGUCAAACCAUCAUCGUCUCCGUCGAGCUCGCAGCCGGCAGGUUUGCGAUGUGGCGGUGGAAUUCUCGGAAACGCACCUCGGCCGAAUAGCAACAUUAGAGUCGAGCGACCCAAGCCCAAGCCCGAACCGGUCACUAGGAGUACAGAGCCGCCGCGUGGUCACAAGGUGCUUGCCCAUAAUAAUGGCCCGCAGUCGCCACCGCUGCCCGCAUCCCUGGAUGAGAUGCAUCCAGCCCGUCCAAUCCCAGGCAACCAAGAGCUGCCUAGAAAGAGAAAGGCGGUUGACAUAUUCAUGCCCAAGAAGAAGGGCAGGCGCUGAAGCAUCGAGGAAACUUGCGCAACAGUAAUCC